CCUCCUCCUGCUGCCUGUCUCUAGGUGAUGGUGCAGCUAAGAUGGACGCUGUGUGAUGGUGUGUGCUGCCUCUUUCCCCUGGACACUGUGUCUCUGAGUCCCCCUACCUGGAGCCUGUCCCCUCUGUGUGACUAUGGAGGGACAGGCAGACCCCUGCGUCUAGAUGAGGACCCCCCCUAGGACUCUCCUCCUCUUCUGCUGCUGAUCCUGCCCUCUUCCCCUGCACCAUGGCUGGGAUUAUCAAGAAGCAAAUCCUGAAACAUCUCUCCAGGUUCACAAAGAACCUUUCCCCCGACAAGAUCAAUCUCAGCACCCUUAAAGGAGAAGGUCAGCUGACCAACCUGGAGCUGGAUGAAGAUGUGCUGCAGAACAUGCUGGACCUCCCCACCUGGCUCGCCAUCAACAAAGUCUUCUGCAACAAAGCUUCUAUUCGGAUACCAUGGACUAAGCUGAAGACUCAUCCAAUAAGUCUGUCCUUGGACAAAGUCAUCAUGGAAAUGAGCACAUGUGAGGAGCCGCGCACGUGUAAUGGACCCUCGCCAUUGGUUACUGCUUCAGGGCAAAGUGAAUAUGGUUUUGCAGAGAAAGUAGUAGAAGGAAUCUCUCUGUCUGUCAAUUCCAUCGUCAUCCGCAUGAAAGCCAAGGCAUUCAAUGCUUCAUUUGAGUUGUCCCAGCUAAGAAUAUACAGUGUCAAUGCCAACUGGCAACUUAGCGAUCUGCGUUUUACUCGAAUACAAGACCCACAGCGUGGAGAGGUGUUGACGUUUAAAGAGAUUAACUGGCAGAUGAUUCGAAUUGAAGCAGACGCAAUUCAGAGUUCUGAUCAUGAAAUAAUGAGCGCUCCUGUCCGGCUUAUCACCAAUCAGUCCAAAAUUAGAGUCACGCUGAAGAGGAAAUUAAAAGACUGUAAUGUGGUGGCCUCGAAGCUGGUGCUGAUACUGGACGACUUAUUGUGGGUGCUGACGGACUCGCAGUUGAAGGCCAUGGUUCAGUAUGCUAAAUCUCUUAGCGAAGCAAUAGAAAAGUCAACGGAACAGAGGAAAAGCAUGGCCAGAACGCAGAGCCACACAGUAUGGCCGUCCUCUCAGCAGGUGAAGACCCAACAGUCCACCACAACCGCUGAGCAGAACCAGGCCAUCCUAAAGCUAUUCCGAGACUUUGAUGUGAAGGAAACCUCCUAUCACCUACUCAUCUCCCACCUGGACCUGCACAUCUGUGAUGACAUUCACUCCAAGGAGAAAGUGCUGGACCGGAGGAUCACUGGGGGCGCUAUGCAGUUAUCCUUUAGUCAGCUGACCGUUGACUACUAUCCUUAUCACAGAGAAGAGGACAGUUGCUGCCACUGGAUGCACUAUGGGGAUGCCACAAAAACCAGAUGUUCCUGGGCACAGGAGCUGCUUCAAGAAUUUAAAUGCAAUGUAGAUAUGCUGAAACAAGCGGUGAAAGAUCACAGCUCCAGUUCACCUAUUAAAACCGUGCCCAACGUGUCCCAGCAAUAUGGAGGUUCAGAUUCCGGCAUUAAGGUCUCACCCACAGCAUCUCUGGAGCUGCCUAAAUCCAAACUGAUGUCCAGUUCCUUUGUGGUUCGGGUGGCUGAUUUUAAUAUUUACCAGGUAUCCACAGCAGAUCAAUGCCGGUCGUCCCCUAAAACUAUGAUUUCCUGCAAUAAGAAGAGUUUGUAUCUUCCCCAGGAAAUGUCUGCGAUUCAUAUUGAAUUUACUGAAUAUUAUUUCCCAGAUGGAAAGAAUUUCCCCAUUCCAAGUUCCAACCUCUAUGUACAACUGAAUGCACUGCAGAUCACUGUGGAUGACAGGAGCAUCCUGUGGCUAAACCAAUUCAUUCUGGACUUGAGGCAGAGCGUUGACCAGUUCAUGGCUAUGUACAAACUCAGUGACAGCUCCAACGAUGAGCACAUUGACAUUCGGGUGGACGGUCUGAUGCUGAAGGUUAUCUUACCAUCACAAAAGAAGUUAGACUGUCACCAUGACCAGCCAACUGCUAUCAGCAUCCAGACUUCGGAAGUGAUCGCCAGCAACACGAGGCAGUCCCCAAACUGUCGACGUUCAGACCUUGAAGCCAUAUUCCAGGACUAUAAAGACUACCCUUUCUUCUCUAAAUCAUUCACCUCUUUCCCCCGCUCGGAGGACAGCAAUGACCUCCUGCACCCCAUAUUUCAGAGACAUGCAUUUGAACAGGACACUAAAAUGCAUGAUGUCUACAAAGGUUUUGUUGCACCAAAGCUGGACACCAAUGCGUUGAAAACAUCCUCCGGUAAGGACAUCUGGGCCAUACAUUUCACACAGUUUUGGGUCGACUACGAAGGGAUUAAAAGCGGAAAAGGCCGACCUGUAAAUUUUGUUGACUCCUUCCCCUUCUCCAUCUGGGUUUGCCAGCCCAGGCGUUUCGCACAGUCUCAGAAACAUAUCGUUUCUAAUGGUGAUACUUUAGUAAACCUUUCCAAAAGCGAAUCGACGGACUUUGCCGGUCGUCUGCAGCGCAAAAAACUCUUAAAACAAUACUAUAGCACAGAUGUAGAUGGCCAGAGUCUGCCACUGCAGAAGUCCCAGUCCUUGGACAGUAGCUUAUCAGUCCCACUACCUGAAGAGUCACCCCAAGCAGACAUCCAAGUCCUCGCUUAUAUUCAAAAACACAUGAGUGCUCAAAUGAAUCACUAUCAGUAUAUUUUCUUAUUGCUGCUGCAGGAAUCACUAAAGCAGGUCAUGGACAAUCUGCGGAAGGAUGUAGAGGGCGUGACUGGAAAACCAACUGAGGACACCAAACUGUCCAUUGGUUUGCUGCUAAAAAGUGCUGAGGUUUCUUUAUUAUUGCACCCUUUACCAGAGGAAAAUACAUCCACCUGCCCCAUCUCCCAACAAGGGAGCCCUCUUGCUGGAAACAAACGGACUUCCCCAGCAGAGAGCACCCAAGAAGAUAGCAUAUGUAACUCAACUCUUGACUUAAUCAUUGAUUCUGGUAGUGGUGACUCUGGGGCAAUUCUAGAACCUAGAAAGAUUGACUUGCCAGAUGUUGGCCUAUCAAAGUCCUUCAACGACGCUGAGCCAAGGAUGGAAAGUUUGGAAAAAUCGGUUGAAGGGUGCUCUUUGAAGGUAGAGGAUGGAAUCUUGGGACAGCUGAUUAAUGUCAAUGGUCUUAAAGACGAUGCCCACUUAGAUGAUGCCCAUAAUAGUGAUGAUAGCAUUUCCGGUUCAGUCAGCCAUUUUGAAGAAAAUCUUAUUAACCUUCAAGCCCCCGAUACAGAGCCUGUUUUAGAUCCACUUCUCAGCAUACAGAUCACUGAGGCUCAGAAGAAACAAACUGACACAAGUGGAAUCCCUAAGGAUCGCUGUCCGUCCAACCUGCCUACCUUCUCUGUUUCUUACAAGAACAUGAAGAGAAGCCCGUCCCAGUUCUCCCUGGACAAUAUCUCCAUAGACAGCAACCUGCUGGAAGAGCACCUGGUGGAGAGCGAUGGGAGUGACCCUAUGGAAGCUGGGCUGGAAGACUUCUCUUCCUUGAACUAUCAGUCCACAGUGGACACAAACAGCGUGGAACUGAGGAAUGAAGAGUACUGCGUUUCCUCACCGGACGUGGGCAGUGCUGCUGAUGAAAGCACUCAGGACUCUAAGCAAGAGCUGAUGUCCGUCGUAGUAUUUAAAAUAAGCGGAGUGAACGGUGCAAUUGAUAUUAAGGGAGAAGAUGUCACCAUUUGCCUUCAAGUUAAUCAAGUGGUUCCAAAACAGCUUGGGAAUGUCAGCGUUUGGCAAUACCUCAACAACCGGAGCAUGAGUUCUGAUCAAAAGUCCUCAUCUGUAGAAGAGAAAGAAUCGUCUCCUGAAAUCAGCCUGAGGCUGGAGACUGGCCCUAGCGCUAAGCGGUAUUCUUUAUUAGCAGCAGAGAACGGCUUCCUACAGUGCCAAGUGACAGAUUUUACCUCAGAGUUCCUCACCUCUACCCUGGCAAAUAUCCGCCAUUUUGUGGAAGACGACUCUGUGGCUGAAGUCAUGCCAAUGAAGAUUAAGGUUCAGAGAGUCCGGCUACAUUUACAGGAUGACAGUCCACGGAAUAACAACAGCGAGCAACAGCCAGAGCCCUUAAUGUUCAAUAUCGAGAAUCUCUUGGUAGAGCGAUAUGAUGAUGGGUCAUUUUCUAUCAGAGGUAAUCCAGAUGCAAGCACUAGCUCCACUUCAAAUAACAAAGAAUUGAACCAUAUAGGUUCUAUAAACUGUGACAAUACCAAAAGUAUACAGCACAGAAGCAGCGCUACAAAAUGCACACAGACACUUUGUGAUAACCCUGUACAGGCCGAACCACUAGAAGGGAAUAAAAACUACAAUCGGAAAGCAAUGGCUGUUAGUACAGAACAGCUUCUUGAAGAAAAUGAAUGUCUUAAACAGGAACUGGCCAAAACCAAGACGGCCCUUGCUGAUGCUCACAUGGAAAGGGACAGCCUUCUUCAUCAAAUAAAGAGAUUUACCUUGAUCAAAUAGCCUUGGAUUUUGUACUGGAAUGAAAUGAAAAGACUGAAUAUGUUAACUGUCAAUUCCAGUAUUAUUUAGAUGAUCUUGGCCAGAAAUUUACUAAAACGGAAGUCACCAAGAUUCGUUUUACUUGGUUAGUAGAAGGGUAGACGUGACGUUUAAGGCCGUGCAGGGAUGUAUAUUAAAACCUGUGCCCGGAGCAGUUUUUGUGUCCCACAGAAACCAAAUAUUUAGCAAGCAAUCUGGUGUUCACAUUUACGUUCUACUGGGUGUGGAAAUACGAUUGGUUGCUUUGGGUCACAGCAACUUUUUUGCGUGCACAAGUUUGUAGGAAUGUACACUUCAUGUUUUAUGUAGCCAUUUUUAUAACAAAAUCAUGCAGUUCCAUUGUCUAAAUUGUCAGCCUGAAAACUUCAAAGGGUAAUGCCAUAAAGACUCACCUCUGGAUGGUCCUGGGAUCUAUUGGUCUGUUCUUCCAUCUCACUCCUGUAGAUGUCAUUGCUGACCGUUGCAGUGAGCUAGAGGUACAGGCCAUGGGUGCUGAUGAUGCUUUGCACCUCAAACUUUUUAGGGGACAAAAAAAUGCAUGGACGUAUCUUUAAUUUAUAUCCUCCUUUACCAUACACUACAGGUACAGUCUUAUUGGCAUUCCCCUUUCAAGGCAACUUGUGCUUUGCUCAUAGAGAGCAAAGUAACAGGUUCACCUAAUUACCAAUCUCGCAGAUGCACAUACCUUUCCUUCACUUACUUGUAGCUCCAUUUGGCUAACUGGGACAAAGAGAAAGCCCAGUAUAAGAUCCAGGCCUUCAUUUGGCGCGUGCACAGAGCUGAGGGCUCUCACCCAACCCCCACCAGCACUGUCACAUGGGUGGAAGGGGUUGUGAGUCUCAUGCUCCCCAUAUCAGGAAAUAGAGUAUUUUUUCCUCUUUCCCAGUUAGAUCAGCAGGGAGCAAAGGAAAGGUGAAUAUUUUCAGCUGGAGAGGGGGCAGUUAGGUGCAUCUGUUGCGUUGCCUCGCAUGGGUUCACUUUAAGCUCUGAUUUUUUUUUAAAGUAUUAAAGUUUGAAAGAAAUGUUUUAAUUAUUUAAGGAAGGUGUAACAUCAGAUAAUAAUAUUUCUCUUUAGGCAGAUCGGUUUUAUUAUUGUUUAAGAAUUAUUUUUAAAUUUUUAUUUGCACUAUCAAUAAAUAAUUCAAUGCAUUUGCA